AUGUCAAAAUCUGAAACUAUCUCUUUAAAAAAACCUGCUGAAGAAGGUAGACGUAUUUUCAGAAACAAAAUCGAUGGAGUAAGAAUCGUAUUUGAAAAAUGGCAAACUGGAAAUAUUCAG